UUUAACCCCUUCAAGCCUAAGGGUAAAACAAAUCUAAAUGCCUAAGCACAAUUCUGCAACAUUGACAUGUGUUAGUAAAACCGUCCAUAUCAUCACAACUACUGUGUACAUCCAGGUGGAUUUAUACCGCGUUUUUUUCAGGACAAAUUGGGCUUUCAUUUGGUGGCAAAUGGUAAUGGAUAGCUUUUUUUUUCUAUUAUCAAAGGAAAACUGGCCCAAAAUAGUAUUUUUCUUUAUUUUUUAUUUUUUUUUUUUU